CACUACUCUCAUCAUAAACUAAAGUUAAACAAGAAAAGAAGUUUGAGAUAAAACAGAGAGAUAUAUAAUGACUACUACUCAAGAUUGGAUCAUGAUUGGUGGAUAUGGCCCUGAAAGUUACAACCAACAGUCAUCGUAUCAGAGAGCUUUGUUGGAAGCGGCAAAGGACAAGAUGACCGAGGCGAUCUCCGCCAACCUCGACCUAGACUUGAUUUCGAAUCGCUUCAUUGUAGCGGAUUUCGGUUGUGCAAGUGGACCUAACACUUUUGUGGCAGUCCAAAACAUAAUAGAUGCCGUGGAAGAGAAGUAUCUUAGAGAAACCGGACAAAACCCGGAGGAUAACAUCGAGUUCCAAGUCCUCUUCAACGACUUAAGAAUCAAUGACUUCAACACUCUCUUCCAGACACUCCCUCCGGGGAGAAGAUACUUUAGCGCCGGGGUUCCUGGUUCCUUCUUCAACCGUGUUCUUCCUAAGCAGAGUUUCCACAUCGCAGUCAUGAGUUACGCAUUCCUUUUCACCUCCAAAAUCCCCAAAGGGAUCAUGGACCGCGACUCUCCGUUGUGGAACAAAGACAUGCAGUGCACCGGGUUCAACCCCGCUGUGAAGAAAGCCUAUCUUGAGCAGUACUCUAUUGACACCAAAAACCUUUUGGAUGCUAGAGCUGAGGAGCUCAUGCCCGGGGGAUUGAUGUUGCUUUUAGGAUCGUGUAUGAGAGACGGAGUUAAGAUGUCCGAGACCCUUAAAGGAACAGUAAUGGAUUUUAUUGGAGAAUCUCUUAAUGACCUUGCUCAAAAGGGUGUCACCGAACAGGAAAAGGUGGACACUUUCAAAACCUCAAUCUACUUUGCAGAACAAGGCGAGAUAAGGCAAAUCAUUGAGGAGAAUGGGAAGUUCACAAUCGAGGCUUUCGAGGAUAUCAUUCACUCUAAGAAUGAGUUUCCGCUAGACCCCAAGACAUUGGCCAUCUCCUUCAAGGCCUUAUAUGGUGCUUUUAUAUCCGCACAUUUUGGAAUCGAAGUCAUGAGGAAAGCCUUUGAGCUUGUUGAGGUCAAGGCACGCGAACAGAUUUCUCGCCUCCAUAAGGUCAAACCCGGGAUGCAAUACCUCAUCGUGCUUCGCAAGAACUGAUCCAAAUAUAUUGUUAAUAUGAUUUCAUUGUUGAUUCUCUUCUUUCGUCGAUCUUAUGGUGCUUUGUCGUCUUUUCUUCUUGUUGUUUUGUAAUAUUCUCCACUAUCCUACAAAUGAAUAAAACUUCACUUUAUGCUUAUACGUAUAACGAGUAUUGUUGAUGAAUGAUGUAUAUGGAUCGUAUAACGUUAUUCCAUAAGAGCUAAAUAAAAAG